AUAAAUAAAAGUGUGUCAAGUUAAUGUAUGUCUGAUUUAUAAACAUAACAAAAUUUGCUUAGUUGCUAUUUGGUUGCAAUUUUUCCCAUUGUCUAAUCUAAGAGACUACAGUUCUUUAUUGAGAUUAUGGAAAUUUUUAGUGUUAGUGAAGAAAGUGAAUUAUUACAGAACAUCAAAAAAUUAGCAAAAGGUAACUCCAUAAAAAGAACCGACGAUAAUUAUUUAAAGCGGUUUUUAAUUGGUCAUGAAUAUGAUGUACCCUCUGCGUUUACAGCACUUCAAAAUUACCAAAGCUUUAUUGACAGACGUAGGGACACCUGGUUAAAAGUAGAUCGAAAAAAACUAAAGACAAUUUUGGAAUCCCAAGUUAUUGAUGUAUUAGAAAAUAAUGGCAGAUUGGAUCAAAUCGUAGUAUGGAUCAGAAUAGAAAAAUGGGAUACGCACAAGUUUUCAGCCGACGAAAUUUUAGAGCAUAAAAUACAAAUAUCAGCAUUGGCUCUCAAGUUUAAUGUCAGACAGCAGCAACAUUACCGCCUUGGACUUGGCAAUUACAGUACGCUGUUAAAUCAAAGCCGGGUUUUUAUCAAUCCUGUACGAGCUUUCCAGCAAUCUGGACGGUGUUUAUUUAUUUAUACAUUAUAUUGUGAAUCGAGUGUAUCGGACAUGUCUUCUGACGCUAACAGCAAUAUCGAAAAGGAAUUGACGGAAGAGGAAAUGAACCAAAGAAUUAAGGAACUUCAAAGACUUGUCGAAGAUAAUGAAACAUUAAAAGGACUUCAGACCGAUGAAGAAUAUUUAAAAAGAUUUUUAUACAGCACUUUAUUCAAUGUGGAAGAAGCCUAUGAAAGGAUGAAGAAUUUCUAUGAAUUAUUAUUGGAAUUCCCUGAAUGGUUCACCACAAGGGCGCCAACCAAACACAAAAGAGUAAUCGACGAAAAUAUUAGACACAUAAUACCAGGUGAAGAUAAAGAGGGGCGUCCAAUAUACGUAGUCAAAUUUGAAAACUGUGAUCCUGGAAAAAUGGAACUAUCUGAUUGCAUUGCAGUGGACGACAUGAUGUUGGAAAUACUAUUCCAAAAUCAAAAUAUUAAAAACGGCCUUAGCGUCAUUAUGGACGUCUCCAGUCUACCCUUAAAGCUCCUAAAAUGGUUGACGCCGCACAACGUAAAAGUUGGUUUAAAAAAAUUGGAAGCCACCCCAAUUGUGAAUUAUAGGUUUCACGUUGUUAAGAGUUCCCUCAUUGUUAAUGCCGCCAUUAAGAUGAUUUGGCCGUUUUUGAGCGAUAAAAUAAAGGAUAUGGUAAAGUUCCACUACAAUGACUUGGAUUCAUUACAUUCAUACAUUGACCCAGACAAGUUGCCACAAGAAUAUGGUGGUUACAUUAAAGUUGAUGUGGAAAAAUUAAUACAACCUGUGUAUGAUAAAGACAAUGAAAUUUUGGAAAGUUUCCAAAAAAGAAGGGAAGUUUAUCUUAAGAAAUAGUAGUUAUUUUAUUGUUUAUUUAUAGCGCCAAAAUUUGAGUAAUUCAACAUUUAAAAGGUUUUUUGUGAUUGUAAAUAUUAAAUAGUAGAAUAAAUAUUUUUUAGUUUUAUGUAUGUGAGGUAUUAAAAAAUAAAUUUUAAAUCUUAAAUAAACUUUAU